AUGGAUGCUCUCAGACUGCUCUCCCGGUCGACCGGCCUAAAAUCAAAAAUUUCGAGAACGUUGCCACAAAAUAUCCCCAGCGCAUCAGGACAAGCACCUGUUCAGGAUGUAUCAGAGCCCAGUACUAGUCGGAAACGGAAAAGAGACUCAGACGCGCCCGAAGGUGAUGAUAAUCAACCAACCAAUUCUAGCCAGCCAUCCGAGUCGGAAAUCCGUCGGAUUCAUAAGAAGCACAAAAUCAAGAUUGUGGAUUUAAACCGGUUUCGAGCCAUCAGCAAAUCGUCCGAAUCAAGAAAGACGCAAAAAGAACAAUCGCGGAUCUUUCCUCAGCCACUCACUUCAUUCGAACAACUGCGUGCUGAUUAUGGAUUGAACGCCGCUCUGGCGAGAAAUAUAUCGGACCAGGCGUAUUUUGAGCCUACGGAAGUUCAGAUCGCAACUCUGCCCUUGCUACUUAUGAUUCCGAAAGAGGAACAAAGAACCGAGCCCAAUCUUUUGACCGUCGCCCCAACAGGGAGUGGAAAGACCCUCGCUUUCCUUAUCCCACUGAUCGAGAAGGUUUCAAGGGCUCAUCGACGCCCUGGGGCCGUGGGCGAAAGACACGUUCGUGCUAUUAUUCUGGCUCCCACUAAAGAGUUGGUCUUCCAAAUUGUCAAUGAGGGGAGGAAGCUGACCGCGAAUACGGGCGUGACUCUCUCAGCAGUAAAGAAAGGCAUGAGACUUUUUGAUGGAUCGACUCAUUCAAAUGUGGAGGAGUCUGGAGAUGAUGCAGAGGUUAAUGGAAGUGAAGAUGUAAAGGUGUCGCCCAAAAGCUCAGCCAUCGUCAAGGCCGACAUCUUAGUCUCGACGCCACUCAGUCUGGUACAUCUUCUUUGUCCGUCUUGGGAAGAAGAUGAAGGCUCACCUCCGCGCCCUCUGCCGAAUGUUGAAAGUCUGAUAUUUGACGAGGCAGAUGUUCUUCUUGAUCCGCUCUUCCGAUCUCAGACGCUUGCCGUUUGGUCCGCAUGCACGUCGCUUUCCCUGAGGGUAAGCAUGUGGUCAGCAACCAUUGGAUCAAAUGUCGAGGAGCUUGCGGUGCAGACCAUUUCAGACCGCCAAAAGAAACUCGAAGUCCCUCGGAGCCAACGCCCGCCACUAAUCCGAACGAUUAUUGGCUUGAAAGACACGAGCUUACCAACCAUUUCGCAUCGACUAGUCUACACCGCAACAGAGUCAGGAAAGCUUCUAGGCAUGCGGCAGUUACUUCAUCCAUCACGGCCAACAUCGAAGGUGAAACGCCAAGAUGAGAACACACCGCCGCCUCGACCACCAUUUCUGGUAUUCACCCAGACGAUAGCUCGGGCCCAAGCAUUGUACAGCGAACUUCAAUAUGACAUUCCUGCUCAGGCUGGUGGUUCAUCGCGAGUGGCAGUGCUUCAUUCUUCUCUCUCCCAGCACGCGCGGUCGUCCAUCAUGCAGAAUUUCCGACAAGGAAAAAUAUGGGUCUUGAUUACUACGGACCUUCUAUCUCGUGGUAUCGAUUUCCGCGGAGUGAACGUGGUUGUGAACUAUGAUAUCCCGACCACUGCUGCUGGAUACGUUCAUCGCGCAGGGAGGACAGGAAGAGGCGGAAGAGAAGGGGGUGCCUGUGUCAGCUUCUACACCAAAGAAGAUAUCGCAUACGUCAAAGGGAUCGCGAACGUGAUUGUCGCCAGUGAGAAAACGCAUAGAACCCCGGCAAAUACUACUCAGAGCUCUGAUGGCACACAAAGCAAGGGAAUAGGUUCAUCCGCGACAUCAGAGAUGAUCCAACCCUGGUUACUCCAUGCUCUUCCGAGCGUCUCAAAAUCGGCAAGAAAGGCCCUAAAAUUACAUGGCGUGGAGUCCCGUCGAGCUAUUCAUGCAGACGAUGACGAAAAAACCAAACGGAUGAAACGGAAAGCGAGGAUUGGGACACAGAGUGGUUACGAGAGGAGAGAAACCAACCGUAAGCGCGGUGCUCUUGAAGGAAGUCUACGAGCAAAGACGAAGGCGCUCCAUCAGAGGGAAAAAGAAGAUUGGGAAGGCUUCGAAUGA